AUGGCUCCCUUGAAGAGAACAGCGUCAGAAACGCUGUCAGCAGAAAGCCCAUGGCAGAACGCAGAAGGCUCAAUCCAGAAGAAAGCGCUGAUUGAGGCGCUGGGCCAAGCACAGGGCAGAAACGGCGAUACAGAGGGCAAGCAGGGUGCCUCAAGCGCGCCCGGAAACGAGGGCGAUGAAGAUGAAGAUGAAGAAGAAGAAGAAGAAGAAGAGGAAGAAGAAGAGGAAGAGGAAGAGGAAGAGGAAGAGGAAGAAACAGAGCAUAGAGAAAAGCACAGAGCGGGUCAAAUAAGUGCCCAGGAUGUCCAGGUGGCUCGUGCCACCGCAGAGCUUUUCAAGUCCAACAUCUUCAAGCUGCAAAUCGAUGAGUUGCUGCAGCAAAUCAAACUCAAGGACUCGCGCAUCCUCAAAGUGGAAAAGUUCCUGCACAAGCUCUACGACACGAUUCAAAUGGUGCCCGAUUGGGAGCCGACCGCGCUGGCCGAUGUCGAAUCUUAUUUCAAGGGUAAAAUCGUCGCCGUUCCCUUUGCAGACCCCAAACCGGCGGUCUCAGUGCAGUACAAGUUCAACUACAAAGCACCAGACGUGUCACUGAUCGGCUCGUUUGCUCUCAAAAGUGCCACUUAUGACCCCAAGGGCUCGUCCGUGGACGUACUUCUCACCAUGCCAGCGGAGCUGUUCGAGAAGAAGGACUAUCUGAAUUUCAGAUGCGUGCACAAGAGAAGCGUCUACUUGGCGUAUUUUACACACCACCUUUCGGUAUUGUUUGGCAAGGAACAAUUCUCCGAUUUCCUUCAGCUCAGCUAUGAAUAUUUGAAUAACGAUCCAUUGUGCACUAUUCUACGACUUCAGUGCAAACCAGGUGGCUCUUCCGAGUACAAUUUCUACAAAACUAAUUUCUCCAUCAACAUAAUCGUCGGAUUUCCCCACGGGCUCUUUGAUGCUAAAAAGCUUCUUCCGAACAAAAACUGCAUCCGUGUUCAAGAAGACAAGGACACGAUGACACCUUUAUACAAUUUUUCCGUUCUUUCCUCAUCUACCCACGAGCACUAUCUCAAGUUCCUUUACAAAACCAAAAAGCAAACUGAGGCAUUCAAGGACGCAUGCAUGCUAGGAAAAUUAUGGCUCAAGCAAAGAGGGUUCAGUUCAAAAUCAGCACAUUCAGGCGGACUAGGCGGCUUUGGUGCUUUCGAGUUUGCAACUUUAAUGAGCGCUCUUUUGUGUGGUGGUGGUGUUAAUGGUAAUAAAAUCUUGCUGCAUGGUUUCUCUUCCUACCAGCUAUUCAAAGGUGUUAUGAGAUAUUUGGCUACUAUGGACCUUUGCUCCAACGGCCAUUUACAAUUUUAUUCCGACCUUACUCCCUCUUCUAAUUUGCCCACUUCGCGAUACAUUGCGGAGGGCUUUCAAACUCCUACUAUUUUCGAUAAAACUACAAAGGUCAACAUCUUGACUAAAAUGUCGGUGUCCUCGUACCAAGCUUUGCAGCUUCAUGCUCGCGAGACAUUCGUGUUGUUGACUGACGUGGUUAAGGACCAGUUUGCGAGUAUUUUCUUAACAAACUUGAACAAAUUUCAAGAGGUUAAAUACGAUAUGACUUUCGACCUGGAAAUACCGACUCAGUCAGUAAUACUUGAGAAGUUCGGGCCCACUGAAAAGAUUAAAUUCGUCAGUAUCGAAAACUUUGUGGUGAACAAAAUUUCCAAUGUGGCGAAAAUCGCCCUUGGCGAUAGAAUCAAAUCAUUGCAGGUUGAGUUGUUGAAUCACAAGACGUGGUUUCCGAUCAGCAAGCGGAAGCCAAGUAAUACCACGAACAUUUCUUAUGCUCGAAUUCGUAUUCUAGUGAAUCCUGCGGAAUGUGAAAAAUUAGUCACAAAGGGUCCACUCAAUUCAGAAGAGUUCGCUGCGGAAGCUCUUGUCUUCAAGAAUUUCUGGGGCAAAAAAGCGUCCUUGCGUCGUUUCAAAGACGGUUCUAUCACAAACUCUUGUGUUUGGGCGACUUCUGCUUCUGAACCGGUCAUUUCGCAAAUUUUGACUUACAUCUUCAAAUUGCAUUUGGCUGAAAAUGCCAAGCUUUCGAAUCUCACAUCUAGACACUUCCUAGAGCUACUACCUUUACCAAAUUUGCCUGCGAGUUCUAGCAUGUCAGUGUUAAGUUUGAAUAGUUUUUACAACGUGCGCAAAUCGUUUGACGCUCUUUCCGCGUUGUUGUUCAAACUGGACCUACCUCUCGCAAUUAAAUCCGUUUUGCCAGUCGGCUCUGCAUUCAGAUAUACAACUACAUGUCAUCCUGUUCCUUUUGCCUAUUCGAAUCCUGAUUUUCUACAGGAUGUGAUUCUUGAGUUUGAAUCUUCUCAAAAAUGGCCAGACGAGAUUACCUCUCUUGAGAAGGCCAAAACUGCAUUUUUACUGAAGAUUCAGGAAGCUUUAUCUUCGCAACACGGUCAGUAUAAGACGUUUUUUGCGAGAGACGAAUUGAUCCCUUUCAAUCUAGACAUUGUCACUCUCAACAUUCUAACUCCAGACGGCUUUGGGUUCAAAUUCAGAGUUCUCACCGAGCGCGAUGAAGUGUUGUACCUAAGAGCCAUUAGCAACGCACGCAUGGAAACAAAACCAGAACUAGAAAAUGUGUUUUUGAAAUUUACUGCCAAGUUCCUAGCGUCGCCAAGACACAACAGAACCUUGGAAAACCUGAGUCACAGCUUUCCUUUGUAUCCACCAGUUGUAAGACUAUUCAAGAAGUGGCUGGAUUGCCAUCUUCUACUAUCGCAUCUGUCUGAAGAACUAGUGGAGCUUAUCGCCAUGAAACCUUUUGUGGACAGCGCCCCAUACUUCGCUCCUGCUUCGCUUGAAAAUGGGUUUUUGAAGAUUAUUCAGUAUCUGAGCCAAUGGAACUGGAGAGAAGAUCCCUUGAUCCUAGAUUUGGUCAAACCUGAGGAAUUGGACCUCGGUUCAGAUGUCGGUUCGGCCAGCGGUCUUGAUCUCAGUGCUAAAUUGAGUAAAGACUUGAGAGAAAACCUGACAGCGUCGCAGCUAAAGGCAAUUCAGGGCAACUUUUCCGCGCUACGCAAAAACGACCCUCAAGGCUUGCAUAUUCAAUUUUUUGUUGCUUCCAGAAAUGAUCCAAGCGGCAUUCUAUAUUCGAGUGGCGUGCCUCUGCCGAUCGCCACUAGACUAACGGCCUUGGCUAAAGUUGCCUUCAACUUGAUCCAAGCCCACGGCCUGAACAAGCAAACCGUUGAUUUGCUAUUCACCCCAGCGUUGAAGGACUAUGAUUUCGUCGUGAAGCUCCAAAUGCCUAUUUCUCUCAAGCUUCCGUGCGGUGUUUUAGAAAACAACACUUUCAAAAACAUUGACCAACAGCAGAGGGCGUUCCCGCAGGACCUUUCGCACAUGAGCGGAAAGAUGGACCCCUCCUUCCAGCUGGUCAAGUACCUCAACAUGAAAUACAAAAACAGCAUAAUUUUCUCAAGUCAUCGCUAUCCUGGCAUAAACGGUGGUGGUGCGGGCGACCGCAAUGUUAUCACGGGUUUAAUCAGACCGACAUACAAGUCGUCUGUAAAAUUCAGAGCUAAUAUGGACGCCAACGUCAAGCCCGUGAACAACGAACUGGCAGUCUUAAACAAGGAAGCCAUUUUCAACGAAAUCGCUGUUUUUGGUGACGAACUCAUUACCGCAUUCGAGUUCAACUGA